CAAUGUAAGUAUAAAAGAGGAGAGAGUUGAACUAGUAAGAGACUACGAGGGAGAAAAAACUACGUUUAAUAGUUGACCCUUAGCAAAUACUCCAUACUUUACUUUUUUCUUUUUUUUUUUUUUUUUUUCUAAACGCGCAAAUACUCCGUAUUUCUUUGAGAAGUGUUGCCAACAAAGUGUUGACCCAUUUGGUAAGUUUGGAGUUCAAAUCUUAUCAAGUCGAGUUCCUUGUUAAUUUAAAUAAAAUUAAGAAGCGGUUUUGUGAUUCCAAACUCCAACUCAUUCGCCGUAGUCCGUAUCAUCUAGCCAGUAGAAAAGGGGAGCAGGUAUAAUAUUGAUCAUCGGGGAAGGAAGUGUAUUGGUGGGAGAAGCAGAAGGUUGGAAAGAGAGAGAAGAUGAGAGGUGUUGGAGGACCGUUGCUGUGCAUCGGAGAUCUGCUGUGCGAUGUUAGAAAAUCAGAAGAUAAUUUGGAGCACCCAAUUCCCCAAAUUCAAACACCCUCUUCUCCUUCUCCUUCUGCUUUGCCUUCUUCCUCUGAUAUCCACCUCGAUCUUCAUCCUUCUCGCCUUACACAACUUUUCCAGGAAAACUAUGAGCAGUUGAACAAGGCACUUGCUGGGACAGAUCAUUCAUGGACUGGUUUGACAUUGAAGCUGUGUACUGCUUUGGAUACUGCAAAGAAGUUGAUAGAAUCCACCAACUCAAACGUGACCAUGCUGUCAGAGAAUGUUGGGGAACUUGAAAAGAUGAUCAAGAAAGGUGAUUCUGCUAUAGCAGAGGUCAGAUCCAUUCAUAGCUCAAAAGCCAAAGGAUUGCUCCAUCCAGUGAGAGUGAAUCCUGAUCAAAACUCAUUAAGCAUAUCUGUUGAUAGUGAAGUGUAAACCAACUUGUGCCUUCAGGUAGAAAAUGUCUAUGGAUUUGCAAUUGUUUUCCUUUGGUGUAUGAAACGAUGUAUUUCUCUUGUUUACCUCUUCCCAGAGUAGCAGUUUGCUUCGUGCAAGGGGACAUUAUCUCUUGGAUUGGUUGAUUAGUAAGACUGUAAGAGUGAAAUAUAAUUUAAAUAAAGAAAAUACUUUUUUAUUACUAUUUUUGUUUUGAGGUGCUCUAGGAUUAAUGAGUUAAGAUUACACAUUAUAGAUUUUCUUUUUUGGCAAUAAUGAAAAUUAAUGUCAUGUAGAAAAACCAUGUUUUGAUAUUGAGCUAUGUUUUAAGUUGAAAUUGUAUAGCCAUCGCAUGGAGUUUUUACUCUUAUUUUUUUAUUUAAAGGCGUCUGUAAAUAUUGGAUUCAGAUUUUGAUGAUUAAUUCUUCAGAAGAUCCAAGAUCCAUUUAUAACAUUAAUAUAUACUUACCAUCUGAUGUCAAAAAAGCCUUCUUCUGGGAUAGGGGUGGAGAAGUGCAAUAUCUUUGUACAUUUACUAUUAUUUGUGAAAGUAUGCCUUCGGUUAUUAUUUAUAGAUCAGGAAAAAUGUUUCAAAGAACCUGGAGAGCUCGCAAUGAGGCAAGUGGGCAACUAUGAACCACCCACUGGAUAAAUUGUGCCUGCUGAGAUUUGGUAGUCCCAGACUACAGACUACUCCCAUCUGUAAUUCAGAUCAAUGGUUGGCGGUUUAUUCAAUGCUGGUCUACUAACCACUUACAGAUGAUUCUCUACCGGUAUUUGUUUGCAGCUUUUUUCUUCCUCAAAGUUUAUGCUUCUGUUUUCUGGAUCUAGAAUUAGAAGGGUUUGUUUUGAUUGGGUUAUUACUCCAAUAUACGGCUCUGAUAGAUAAUUCAAAUAAAAAUAUUUUAUUCAUCUGAUGUCAGGUAUACUGUUUUGCCAACUGAAUACACUAAUAUUGCAAACGUCUGGAAUGUUAUUGCUGCCACUAUCUAACUUGAUGAUAAUUCUUGUUGGUCAUGCCGUUAUGGACUAAUAAAAUGCCCAACAUGCUAAAAUAUUCAGGGUGUAUCGUAAUUGUCUUUUUAGCUCUCAAAAUAUCUUAAUGCAUGUGGUUCUUGAAAUAUGUCCUCUCGUGGUGAUACUGUACUAGGCUACUAGCUCUCCCUUGAUGACCUGUCUGCACUGUGUAAAGCUCUUAUUUGCAGUAGUGAAGUUUUGUUGUAAUGAGCUAAUGGGUCCUGUGAAGAUGCUUGUGAGUAAGAUUAAUAAAUUAAUGCUUGUGGUGAGGGUAAUUGUGCUUGAAAAUGUUAUCUAUACAUUAGAGAGUGAGGUCAUUUGUUUAAUGGUUGGAAUUUCUUGUGGAGUUGACUCUUUACUAUCUUUGUGGUUUAGAUUAUAAUGGGCUGCGUUAUAAGGCCUUUUAAAAUUGUUUUUGCAUUUUUUUUCAAAGUAGCAAAGGUCGUUACAUUUUGAAUAGAUAAGGAUAUAACCUUUUUGCUUUCUCAGAGAGUAGUCAAGAGUAGGAUUGCAUGUGUUUAAGCCUCUUUGAAGACAUUGGAGUAAUGUUGAUGUUGAUAUUUUUGUGAGGGGUAUAUUGUUGUCCAAAAGUGACAUUUGAUGAUCUAGUUUGUUAAUUCUCCUUGCAAUUCUAAAAUCUUCAUUUUCUGUGACUGUUUAUGUAUUGGGUUGGAUGUGUGGAUAGGAAUAAUUUAAAGGACCUCCUCAUCCAAGUCUUUUAUGAGUUGUUUACAAUGCCUCCACAGUAUCUGUUGCCAAUGUUUUUGGGAAGACUAAUGUUCCUCUAAAGGUAAGAGCUUUUGUUUAUAAUUGGAGUUUGGUGACAUUGAUAUUAAUGAUAUGCUUCAAAAUCUGAGGACUUGAGGCUGGGGUUAGUUACUUUGUUGGGUAUUUGUAUGCUGUGUCGCGUUAGCAAUGUUUUUCUAGACUCCUUUAUUAACUUCAUCGUCAAGUGACUUAAUAUUUUUGUAGGAGUUUAUUUGCAUGUCAUUAGAAUAUUGAGUUUGCUUCGUUAUUGUUUGGAAUCGUGAUUAAUGAGGUUUGUAGCCUUGUAGGGGAUAAGGAAAAGCUGUAAGGGUGCUGUGUUUCUAUGGUGAAUCCAUUGUGGCUAUGAUGGAAUUCACAUAUGUUUUCGGGAGCCUCUUGAAUAUCCAACUUUCUUCAGGCCUGACCAUUUCUUGUGGACUGAGGGAAAAGGCAGUAAGAGAGAUUUUCUCCAUGCCACAUUAGUGACAAAGCUGAGUCUUUAGGACCAUUUUUUAAAGGUGUACGUAAACAAUUAAAGGGUUACUUGCCUGAUAAGGAGAGUAAGAAAGGUUUUCUCCCUGCCCUAUUAUUAAGUGACAUAAGGGCAUAACUGAGUCUAUAUAACCUUUUUUUGAUAAACCAAUUAAAAGGUUAUUUCUUACCUGAAAGGGCUGAAACCCAUUGUCAAAGCCUUUACCAACAAGGAUAGAAAAUCUGAUGACAUGAUAAUAUGCAUUCUUUUUCCCCCUCCCUUCCUACCCCCUUUUCUCCUAUAAAAUUGAAGAUUUCCUGCAUGUGUUUUCCUAACAAUUUAGCUUUGCUGAGUUGUCAUUUACUGCUUAUAACGACUGCAGGUUUGUGCUCUGAGUCCAAUUUAUUUUUUUUAGCAUCAUUAAAUAUAGUAUACCUGAUUUGGUCCUAAAAUUGAAGUUUCCCUAUGUCCCAAUUGGUUAAUACAAAUGAAUUGAUUUCAGGAAUCUCUAGAUUGAAUGCUGAAGUUUUUUCUGUUUUCGGCUUUUUGGCCCUGAAUACUUUUUGUUGUUUGAUGUUGUUUUGGUUUCAGCCCUUUCAGGUAAUGUUAAUGUGGCUCUCAUAUAAUUUAUCAUCGCUUCUCCAUUUACGUGCAGCAAUAUGUUUAAAUGCUUAGACUUUUCAUAUCCCCUAUGCCUAAAUAAAUCGUGUUAUAUAACUAUAUGUCCUAUUCUGAAUUCUUAGAUGGUGAAAAGCUAAAUGAUAAGUACUUUUCUCAUUUCAAGCGGAACUGUAGAGCAUAGUUCCAUGAGUUUAUGCAGGUAGAUUGCAGAAGUUGUCCAUAAUUGAGUUGCCAGAGUUGAGUUAUAGAGAUCCAUGUAGCAAUUGGAUCAAGUGCAAUCUUUAACGGUUUCUUGUUGACUGGAUACUCAAGGUUCAAAAGGUAAUCUCAUGAUGCACGUCAUGUGGAAUGUGGAUUGUAUCGUGAACUGAUGAUAUCAAAUGACAUCCAAACUCAAGUUGAUUAGCCACAUAAUCUUUGUGAAUUCCUUGAGCAUAUUUGACUCUUCUGCAAGGCCAGUAGAAUCUGCAAUAGAAUGUACAUGUAUUGAAACUUAUUGAACAACUAUUUGAGAUUCAGAAGAUACUUUUUGUAUUGUAAUUGAACUAGUGCAGAUUGCAAAAUUCAGUGGUGGAUA